GAUAAGAGGCCGGGGACCGCUAGCCGGUCGCUGAUGACGUGACGACACGGUGUGGUGUUCAUUCAAUAUUGUAGUCAGUUAGCCGCUCGCAUUCGUGACGAAUACCCGUCUUUUCUCCGCAAAGUUAAUACCUCCGCCGAACACACCAUGUCUCUGCAAGAACAAUUCGACAAGGCCGCCGGAGACGUCAAGAAGCUGAAGUCCCUGCCCAGCGACACAGACCUGCUGGAGCUGUAUGCCCUCUUCAAGCAGGCCACCGUCGGGGACGCUGACCCUGCCAACAAGCCUGGCAUGUUCGACCUCAAGGGCAAGGCCAAGUGGGAGGCGUGGAACAAGAAGGCAGGCACCUCCAAGGAGGACGCACAGAAGGCAUACAUCGCGAAGGUGGAAGCCCUGACCGCAUCCAUCGGACUCCAAUAAGCAACCACCAGACACAAGCGUUCACAGACCAGAGGGAAAAACCAGGCUGUUUGACAGCCAGCUUUUGCCGGAUAAAAAAAAGAACGUUUUUUUUAAUCUGUGGUUUAGGUAUAAUUUUAGUCUAUGGGUAAAAGUAACUGAACAUCACAAUGAUAACUCUUAUUUUUAAUGUAAGAAAAGCCUUUUUUGAAGCGAUUCUUAACUUCCACAAAUGGGUGGUGCUGUUUUAAGUGAAUGUUUAUGUAUUUAUUGUUUUUAAAGUUGCAUUUUUUGUUAAGAGUUUUGUAUGUGGAAUAAAACAGCAGUUUUGGACUGAU